AUGGCGCAGACACAUCGUGACUGGCUCUCCUUGCCUUGCCAGGGCGGCAGAAGCGGUGGUGGCGGUGGGGAUAACACCAGCGACGAGGAGUUUGAGCGUCAGUUGGAGGAGGCGGAGGCGAUUCAGGAGGAGGAGCAGAAGCGCCGGAAACAGCGCAGCAGCACCGCCAAGAAAUCGGUCAUCGGGCGCUCCUCCGCCUCCGCCCAGCUGCACUUGAGCGUCUCUGCGCCGAACCUCGGCGGCGCCGUGAAACGCAGCCUCAUCGCUCGGGUACCGCUGAUGGGCGGCAACAGGCAGGCCGAGGACGGCUACGAGACAGAUCACCAGGACUACUGCGAUAAUCCUGGUUCUAUUCCCCAAUAUUGCCGUAGUUCUUUUGAUUCAUUUGACAACGAGUCCAAAUUGUGCAUGUUGGUUAUGUUGUGUGCUUUACUUUACUUUAAGGGCGGCGAAAUCAUGCUCUGUGACACAUGUCCCCGCGCCUACCAUCUUGUCUGCCUGGACCCAGAGCUUGAAGAGGCUCCUGAAGGUGUCUGGUCGUGUCCGCAUUGUGAGAAGCAAGGCGAGAAAGACGAGCAUCAGGAAUUUUGCUCAGAAUGCCGCGACGGCGGCGACCUCAUAUGCUGUGAAAACUGUCCAGCCAGCUACCACAUCGGCUGUCUCGACCCCCCACUCGCCCAAAUCCCCGAGGGUGUCUGGCUGUGUCCUCGAUGUGGGUGCAAACCGCUCAAGGGUCGGGUCUCCAAGAUCCUCUUCUGGCGAUGGCGUGAACCUCCGAAGCGCGCGGGCGGCGACGCCAGACAACCCCCCGCCAACGUCGCCACUGCCCACCCGCCUGCCCGAAGGAAACCCACUCGUGAAUUCUUCGUCAAGUUCCACGACAUGUCGUACUGGGCGUGCGAGUGGAUCACAGAACUCCAACUGGAAGUGUUCCAUUCCCUGAUGUUGCGCGUUUUUUCGAAAAAAUACGACAUGGAGGAGCCUCCGCCUCCUGAAGAUGGCAGUCGUGCUCGCGAAAAAGCCCCCGACCCCCAGAACCUGGAGGAGCGCUUCUACAAGUGGGGGGUGCGUCCUGAAUGGCUCCAGCCGCAACGCAUCGUCGAUAGCCGUUUGUGCCGAGGGAAGGAGUGGUACUUGGUUAAGUGGCGCGACUUGCCCUACGACGACUGCACGUGGGAGGACAUCUCAACCACCGAGGUGCCCGAUUUCGAGCGCUUCGUCGAGGAGUACAAGCUCAUGCGUGGUCUCUUCAAGGGCGAGUCAAUCAAGAAGAAGUCCUCAAAGAAGGGCGGUUCUGGCGGCUCCAGUGGCAGCGCCUCCACGUUCAGUGCCAAUCUGUUGAAGAAGAUCCCCCCCGAGAAGCCCAUCAGCGACCUGCGGAAGCAGCUGACCAAACAGCCAGAGUACAUGGACGAGACGGGCGGCGAACUGCACCCCUAUCAGCUGGAGGGCCUGAAUUGGUUGCGCUUCUCCUACGGCAACAAGGUGGACACGAUCCUGGCUGAUGAAAUGGGCCUUGGGAAGACCAUUCAGACAAUUGCAUUCCUCUACUCCCUCUACAAGGACGGUCACAGCCGCGGCCCGUUUCUGGUAGCAGCGCCGCUCUCAACCAUCAUCAACUGGGAGCGUGAAUUCGAGUUUUGGGCGCCGGAUUUCUACGUUGUGACGUACGUAGGUGACAAAGACUCGCGCACCGUCAUCCGUGAGCACGAGUUCACUUUCGACGAGGGCGGAGUUCGCGGUGGCACUCGGGUGGUGAAGAUGCGUUCUGGCGCCCAGGUCCGUUUCCACGUUCUCCUCACCUCCUACGAGCUCAUCUCCAUCGAUCAGGCUCUUCUCUCCUCCAUCGACUGGGAGGUCCUCGUGGUAGACGAGGCCCAUCGCCUGAAGAACAACCAAUCCAAGUUCUUUAGGAUGCUCACCACCUACAAGAUCGCGUACAAACUGCUGCUCACAGGCACGCCGCUGCAAAAUAACCUGGAGGAGCUCUUCCACCUGUUGCAUUUCAUGUCACCCUCCAAGUUCUACGACAUGCAAGGCUUCCUCGAUGAGUUUGCUGACAUCUCAAAGGAGGACCAGGUGAAGAAACUUCAUGAGAUGCUCGGCAAGCAUCUCCUCCGACGGCUGAAGGCAGACGUACUCAAAAACAUGCCUUCUAAGGGCGAAUUCAUUGUCCGCGUGGAACUGAGUCCGAUGCAGAAGAAGUUCUACAAGUUUAUACUGACGAAGAACUUUGACGCCCUGAGUUGUCGAGGUGGCGGCACGCAGCCCUCCCUGAUCAACGUGAUGAUGGACCUAAAGAAGUGCUGUAAUCACCCCUACCUCUUCCCCUCGGCGGCCGAGGACGCGCCACGUCUCCCGAACGGCGCCUUCGAGGGCACAGCGCUCCGGAAGGCCUGCGGCAAACUCGAGCUUCUGUCUGCCAUGCUGAAGAAGCUCAAGGCGGGCGGACAUCGCGUGCUCAUCUUCUCCCAAAUGACCAAGAUGCUCGAUCUCCUUGAGGACUUCCUGGAGGCCGAGGGCUACAAGUUCGAGCGCAUCGACGGCAACGUGACUGGCCAGCAGAGGCAGGACGCGAUCGAUCGCUUCAACGCCCUCGACUCGACCUCCUUCGUGUUCCUGCUGUCAACUCGCGCUGGUGGCUUGGGCAUCAACUUGGCCACUGCGGACACUGUCAUCAUCUACGACUCGGACUGGAAUCCGCACAACGAUAUACAGGCCUUUUCAAGAGCACACCGCAUUGGUCAGGCGAAUAAAGUGAUGAUCUACCGGUUCGUGACACGCGCCACAGUCGAGGAGCGCGUGACUCAAGUGGCCAAGAAGAAGAUGAUGCUGACCCACCUGGUCGUGCGCCCCGGUCUGGGCGGGAAGGGGGCCAGUCAGAUGUCCAAGAAGGAGCUCGACGACAUCCUCAAGUUCGGCACCGAGGAUCUCUUCAAACACGAGGACAACGAUGCCACUGACGAGCACUGCAUCGUGUACGACGACGCCGCGUUGGAUCGCCUUCUUGACCGCAGUCAACAGGGCAUGGAGGAGAAGCAGAUGGAGAUGAACGACUACCUCAGCUCCUUCAAGGUCGCCCACUACGAAAAGCGCGAGAUCCAGGACGGUGUCGAGGAAGAACCGGAGGAGGAGGACUCCAAUGUCGAGGUAAGUUCGUUCGCGAUGGAUGUGUGGCCAACACGAAGCUAUUCCAAAAUCAUCCAGACUUCCGAACCUGCCCUAAUCUUUUCUUGUGUUUCGCUGCAGGUGAUCAAGCAGGAGCUAGACACCAACGACCCAGCCUACUGGGAGAAACUCCUGCGACACCACUUUGAGCAGCAACAGGAGGACCAGGCCAAGAAUUUGGGCAAAGGCAAGCGCCACAGGAAGCCCGUCAACUACUGGGCCAAUCAGCAGGAAGAUGAGGAGGAGUGGAACGACAACACCAGCGACCAUGAUAGCAACUUCUCCACCAAAGUGAGUUGCUGGUGGUUUAAACCUAACUCGUGUGGGCACAGUCUUGAGAAGAUGUGUCGGAAAUCCGAAAGACUAGGGCUGAUUGGUCACUUGACUGGCCCGGGAUGGGUUAUUAUGUAUUUGCUAACUCUAAUCAGAAAAUAA